GCUGUUGCCAGGAGACCGGGGGACGCGCGGAGUGCCGGGUUUCUGACCCCCUUCCCAGCCUGCGGCCCAGUUUCCGCGGUGUCCGCAGCUGCCUCUGAGGCCACCCGCAGAGCGCGCCAGGAUGGCCGAGGAAAAGACUGAAAAGCUAGUGCUGGAGGAAACUGCAUAUGAAGAAAUCGAAAGGGAUUUUCAGGAGGUUCUCAAUGAACUUUCAGGGGACAGAAGUUUGGAGAAAUUUAGGGUUGAAUAUGAGAAGCUUCAUGCUGUCAUGAAAAAGUCUUAUGACAAUGAAAAGCGUCUGAUGGCCAAGUGCAGAGAGCUGAACGCGGAGAUCGUGGUUAAUUCCGCAAAGGUCGCCACUGCCCUGAAGCUCUCUCAGGAUGAUCAGACCACCAUCGCAUCCCUGAAGAAGGAAAUUGAAAAGGCCUGGAAGAUGGUGGAUUCAGCCUAUGAUAAAGAGCAGAAGGCAAAGGAGACGAUUCUUGCCCUGAAAGAGGAAAUAGUGAACCUAACCAAACUAGUUGAGCAAGGAUCUGGACUGUCCAUGGACCAAGAUAGCAAUAUCCGGGAUUUGCUGAAGUUCAAAGAAGAAGUGACAAAGGAGCGAGACCAGCUGUUGUCAGAAGUGGUGAAAUUGCGAGAGUGCUUAGCUCAGACCAUUGAACAGCAGCAAGAAAUGGAGCGGUCCAGGGAAGAGGCAGAGCAGGCCAUCAUCCAGUUCCAACAAGAAAUCCAGCAACAUCAGAAUGAAGCUUCACGGGAGACCCGGAAGAAAGAAAAACUAGAGAAGGAGCUCAGGCAGAUUCAGAUGGACAUGGACAGCAGGCAGACGGAAAUCAGGGCGCUGCAGCAGUACGUGCAGAAGAGCAAGGAGGAGCUUCAGAGGCUGGAGCAGCAGCUGAAAGAGCAGAAGAUACUCAACGAGAGAGCCGCAAAGGAGCUGGAGCAGUUUCAGAUGAGAAAUGCUAAACUUCAGCAAGAGAACGAACAGCACAGUUUGGUUUGUGAGCAGCUAUCCCAAGAAAACCAGCAGAAGGCGUUGGAGCUCAAAGCCAAAGAGGAAGAAGUCCAUCAGAUGCGCCUUGACAUUGGGAAGCUCAACAAAAUCAGAGAACAAAUCCAUAAGAAAUUGCACCAGAUUGAAGAUCAAAAGGGAGAAGUGGAACAGCACAAGGAAACCCUGAAAAAUCAGAUCUUGGGACUAGAGAGAGAGGUGGAGGCCUCAAAGAAGCAAGCAGAACUUGAUAAGAAAGCAAUGGAUGAGCUUCUGAGAGAAAGGGACAUAUUGAAUAAGAAUAUGCUUAAGGCGGUCAGUGCAACCCAGAAACAGAUAGACCUGGUAAAGCUCCAUGAACAAGCCAAGAGGAAUCUGGAGGAAGAAAUCCAAAACUACAAAGAGGAAGCUCAGAAGCAGAGAAAGAUCAUCUUUCAACUGGAAAAAGAGCGAGAUCGGUACAUCAAUGAAGCCAGUGACCUUACCCAAAAGGUCCUCAUGAACAUGGAAGACAUAAAAGUCCGUGAAAUGCAGAUUUUUGACUAUAGGAAAAAAAUCGCUGAAUCAGAGACUAAAUUAAAACAGCAACAGAACCUGUAUGAAGCUGUGAGGUCAGAUAGGAAUCUGUAUAGUAAAAAUCUGGUUGAGGCUCAGGAUGAAAUAAUGGAAAUGAAGAGAAAAUUAAAGAUUAUGACCCAUCAGGUAGAUCAAUUGAAAGAAGAAAUCUCAGCUAAGGAGUCGGCACUUGUGAAACUACAUCUGGAGCAGCAGCGCAUAGAAAAGGAGAAGGAAACGCUGAAGGCCGAGCUGCAGAAGCUGAGACAACAAGCCCUGGAGACCAAACACUUCAUUGAAAAGCAGGAAGCCGAGGAGAGAAAACUCCUGCGAAUUAUAGCAGAGGCUGAUGGGGAGAGGCUGAGACAGAAGAAGGAAUUGGACCAGGUCAUCAGCGAGAGAGAUAUCCUUGGGUCUCAGCUAGUUCGGCGCAAUGAUGAGUUGGCUUUGCUCUACGAGAAGAUCAAGAUUCAGCAGUCUGUGCUGAAUAAAGGCGAGAGCCAGUAUAACCAGAGGUUGGAGGACAUGAGAAUCCUCAAACUUGAGAUCAAGAAGCUUCGCCGGGAGAAAGGGAUUCUUGCCAGGAGUGUGGCCAAUGUCGAUGAACUCAGGCAGGAGCUUUUUCACACGCAAAGAGAGUUCCUGAAGGAGAGGACGAGAUGCCGAGCCUUGGAGGAGGAACUGGAGAACCCCAUGAACGUGCACAGAUGGAGGAAGCUUGAGGCCAGUGACCCCAGUACCUUUGAGCUGAUACAGAAAAUACAUACACUGCAGAAGCGUCUCAUCAGCAAGACGGAAGAGGUGGUCGAAAAAGAGCUGCUCCUCCAGGAAAAGGAGAAACUGUAUGUGGAACUAAAGCACAUCCUGGCCCGUCAGCCUGGGCCCGAGGCCGCGGAGCAGCUGCAGAUCUAUCGCCACACACUGCGGGAGAAGACCAAGCAGCUUAAAGUUUUGUCUUCAGAGCUGAAUAUGUAUGAGUCGCAGAGCCAAGAAUACAAGUACGAGAUCGAAAAACUUAGCAACGAACUGCUGAAUUUAAAGAAGAAAUACCUGGCUCAGAAACGUAAAGAAUACAUUCAGAAAAACAAGGACAGAAUAAGCAUGGAGGACACCUUCUCAAUGGCCAAACCAAGUGGCCCUCGUUUUACUGGGGGUGGAUUUCCCCUCAGCAAGUCAUCCAAGGCGAAGUCCUAACUUGAAGCUGCUGGCUGGGUCCUUCUGAACAACUCAUUGGAAUUCACUGUGAAACAUUUUGGAGGAAUCUCUUUGAAAUCCCUUGGAUCAUGACAUUUAGGGAAAUCAGUCCUCGGAUUCCAGGAUGGAAAGAAACGCAGAACUAUUAUAGUCCUGUACAUAGAAGAGUGAUGACUUUCUAUUUAAUCCACAUGGAUAUUAACAGAGUGUAAUUAAAUCUAUUCAAUCAGGUUGAAUUAUAUCAAUUCAACCAUUGCAUGAAGCAGAUCUUUUGUUACUACCACAUUGAUUUAUUUUGCAAUGCACCACAUCUAGAUACUCCGUGUGGAUGAAAGUUUCGACCCUAAUUUCUCUGCACAGACACUGGUGCAUAGAUUUUAUAUUAAAAAAAUUUUUUUUUGAAAUGCAGUGCAUUCUUAUUAAUAAGAAUCUAUUUUAAUUAUUCCUCAUUAACAAGUCAUUGAUGAGUUGAGAAAGGUGGACACUAAACUAUUUAAAAAGUGUUUUGGGAGUGAUUUCUAUGUGGAAUUUCUUUUCAGGCCUGGUGUAUGAAAACCUAUUCCAAAAAGACAUACUAAUAAAUACUUCAUCAUAAAAAAUAAAAAGAAGCCUUGUAGAGAUCUCAAUCUUUGUUUUGGUAGAAUACGUAAAGUUUAAAACUGCUGUGAGAAAUGUUUAACACAAAGAUGUGACUCAGAGGACCAAGACUGUAAAAUGAGGGGUUUGGGCUGGUAUCCUCUGAAGAGCUGUCCUUCCUAGACCUCACAUUUGGAGAGCAGAGUUACAAGGGACAGAGAGCUGUUUGGUUUCCAGGCUACAGGCCAGCAUUUUGAGUAACUAAAUCCAUUGUUAUCUUCUUUAUUUUGAAACCACAGUUAGGUGGGCAUCAGUUCAAAGUUCCCCUGUUUAGAGUGUUCAGUGUUGUGGGACACCCUGGCCAUCUUUCUCACAAUAACUUGACCUCUGUAAUUUUUAAAAAAAUGUUUGAGGGGUAAGUAGCUCAUGGAUAAGCAAGGAUAGUAUAAGUGGAUAAUUUCAUUUCAUUCAUCAUGAGGAGCAGGAGACUUAAGGAUCCCAAGAUGUUUGUUUAGAUUAUCCACAGAGGUGGGAGUUUAGAAGGAUCUAAAAUCAUGUUCUUCUGUCCCUCUUGGUUCACCACCAGAAGUAGACCCAAGGCAAUGAUGGCCAUGAAAGUGAUUGAUUCUGCAGUGAUCCCAGGAAACAACCUAAGAGUGGGGACGUGGGACACCAGGCUAAGACACGAAGUCAAGUUCUGCAGUUGCAGACUUUUGCUGGACCUUUCAGGGUCUCUGAAAACAAUGUAAUCACAUCUCAGAGUUGGUCCCAUCAGGGUGAGGGAGCUGGGGUAUUUAUACCCUCAGGCUUCCAGUCACUGACCAAGGACUGCUCUGGAGGGGUUCUUUUGGUCUUCCCUGCUGGUAGGCAAAGCAGAUCUUAGACAAAGAGGUGGCAGUUGCUGACUGUUGGAAGCAGAAGUGGUUAAGUGCUAGGGAACUGAGUCAGGCAGCAUCAUCCUCUGCUGCUUCUCCUACAUGAUCCCAAUUGAGAUCUGCAGAUGGAAAUCAACCUCCAGGGUAGCUGGUGACCCUGUGAUGAGCUGUGAUCAUCAGCAAUUUGUUAUACCACGUGGGAGCAUGAGGAUGGUUACAUACACGAGAGAAUUUGCUUAGAAAACCUUAAACCUGAAGAAUCACGAUGAGGGCAUUUCUAUUUUUGAAAAUCACAGAUGCUGUCUUCCCUCAGAGCCGACCAACUGUAUGCUAAGUCCCCUGUGUCACACCCUCAAGUUGUGAACUUUCAAAGAUGUGAACAUGUGUUCCUUCAGCAUCAGACAUGAGUGAAAUUGAAGCUUGUCCUCUAUCUCCUAUUGCUGACAAUCCUUCAGCUUUACCGUCUCCCAGCUCCAGUUAGUAACUCUUCUUGCCUGUUCACUUGAUGCCAAUCCCUGUAUGCCAGCUGUUGUACUGUACUACUGUACUUUUCAAGGUACUGUAAGAUUAAAAAUGUUUUCUUUAU